AUGGAAUUUGAAGUGUUAGCGGCAAAGAAAAUGUCUCCUUUGUGGAUUCAAUGCUCAAGUACUGCUUGUAACAGGAAUCCAAGAAAAUGGUCGUCAUAUAUUGCCUCUGAUUCAAGAACUUUAAGAAGCGGUCCUCAGAAACUUCCAUAUCGUGAGUAUAUGCCUUCUGUCUGGCAGUCUUUUGUUUCUCACAAGAUACUUGUGUGGGCUUCAGGUGAUAAGAACCAUCAAAAUCGUGCUAUCUAUUUGUCAGAAUGGUUGUUGCCAACUCUAAGCUUAUCGGACAAAUUCGUAAUUAGAGAUGAUGGUGUCAUCGUUGUAUUAUGAAUUCAUGAUAUCAAAUUGUCGAUGCAGUGAGAUGGAAUAUCACUGUGCCGCUUGUUUCAUUACUGUUCAUGGUUAACAGAUAUUUACUUUCCAAUCCGUUUAAUACAUCGCAUGGCCUGAAGUUUCUCUGCUUCUCUACCAAGUUUUAUAUUUGCUUUUAGUAAGUAUUCCUGUUUUUUCCUCGUUCUCUAUUCGAUUAUACAUGUGAAGUCAAGCUUAGAACAACUAGAGGAAGGGUGAAUAACUCUUUUUCACCCGAUGCGGAAUAUUUACCAAAGUAGAGAUCUAAUUACCUCAAUUGCAAAUGGAUUACCUGAUUUUAGUUCAAUGAACUCCUUUUCAAUGCACAAACCCCUGAGUGAACGGAUGAAUGUAAGAAUGCUCAAUUCAACAAUCAACCACAAUGCAAAUCCACCAUCUUUUUUCAUCCAAUGCCUUUACACUGAUUUCAAUAAACCACCAGAU